CUGGGGGAGGCAGCUUGAGCUAAGUCAGAAAGGUCCUCUUACUCUGGAACGAGGCUCCGGCAGAGGAGCUGGAGCAGAACAAUAGCGGCAUAAGUGCAGUGGGAGAAAUCACCCGCAGAGACCUGCCCUGGCUGGAGGUGCGGGGACGGGGCUGGCCUGAGGACAGGCGAGGCCGGGAGGAGGCACGGGGCUCCGCGGUGGUACGUGGCACAUCCUCUCUGCCGCUCCCCGUGCCCGACUCUGCCCUCUCCCUCUGGGCAGCCCUGCCACCUGCUCCCCUUGCAUCAGCUCACACGGUUUGAGCCAACUGCUUGGCCAGGAUGAGCUGGAGUUUCCUGACACGGCUCCUGGAGGAGAUCAACAACCACUCAACCUUUGUGGGCAAGAUCUGGCUCACUGUCCUCAUUGUCUUCCGGAUCGUGCUGACGGCUGUUGGGGGGGAGUCCAUCUACUACGACGAGCAGAGCAAGUUCGUGUGCAACACGCAGCAGCCUGGCUGCGAGAACGUGUGCUACGACGCCUUUGCCCCACUCUCCCACGUCCGCUUCUGGAUCUUUCAGAUCAUCAUGGUGGCCACGCCGUCAGUGCUGUACCUGGGCUUUGCCAUGCACCGCAUUGCCCGGAUGCCGGAGAACACGCGGCGCCGGGCUCCGGUGGGCCGUCGGGCACGCAUGCCAGUCGUGCGCCGGGGAGCCGGGCGGGACUAUGAAGAGGCAGAGGAUGAUAAUGAAGAAGACCCCAUGAUUUUUGAGGAGAUCGAGGUGGAGAAGGAGAAAAGCACAGAGGGUGGGGAAAAACACGAUGGCCGGCGCCGCAUCAAGCAGGAUGGGCUGAUGCGUGCCUACGUGCUGCACUUGCUGUGCCGCUCGUUGCUGGAGAUGGCCUUCCUCUUCGGGCAGUAUAUGCUGUACCACUUCGAGGUGAGCCCGUCCUACGUGUGCAGCCGCAGCCCCUGCCCUCACACUGUCGACUGCUUUGUCUCCCGCCCCACCGAGAAGACGAUUUUCCUGCUCAUCAUGUACGCGGUCAGCGGGCUCUGCCUAUUCCUCAACCUCUGCGAGCUCGUGCACCUCGGCGUGGGCCGCAUCCGGGACGCGCUGAGCCAGCCGGACGAUCCCAUGCACCUUGACGACACCAGGCCCGGGCUGCAGUAUGCCAAGAAAGCUCCCAGUGCGCCCCCCACCUACCACUCGCUGAAGAAGGAGCCCCUGAAAGCCUCGCUGCCCAACGGCAAGCUGGACUACGGGGAGACCUUGGCCACCUCGGCGACGGAGCGCUUCGCCCUGGCUGGCGCUCCCCCGGAGCACGAGCUGGACAGGCUGCGCAAGCACCUCCGCCUGGCCCAGGAGCACCUGGAGAUGGCCUUCCACCUCAACCCGCCGCUGGAGACUGCCAGCCCGUCCCGCAGCAGCAGCCCGGAGGCCAACGGCAUCGCCGCUGAGCAGAACCGCCUCAACUUCGCCCACGAGAAGGAGGGAGCCGUCUGCGAGAAAGCCACGGGGCUGUGAGUGCGGCGUGGCACCUCUGGGGCCAUGGAGUUGUCACCCGGAGCGGCCGCCCCUGCGACGCAGCGAGCGGGGCUGGGGACGGAGGUUCUCUCCCGCGGGGCUGCCUGGGGGCGUCCCUCGUCCCGGUGGGCAGGGAUGGGGAAGGGGUCAUGGGGAACAUUCCUUCGCCGCCCUUAAUUUUUUAAAAAAGGGAAUAUCUUAUUUUUGUACGUUUUUAUAAACUUGUCAGUGUGUACCCUGGCAUUUCUAUGCUCUGCCCCUGACUCCUGCUCGAGGCCUGCACCUUCCCUCUCUGUGCCCCACUUCCCUCUCCGCCCAGUCGCAGCGCGGCUCCCGCUCGCGCCUCCCCGUGCCCUGCUGCGCU